AUUUGCUCAAGCUGUUUGCCCACUCCAAAUAAAGUGUCGACAGUCCACGGGACUAUGUGUUUGUUAUACAUCCCAUUUGGUCUCAUCAAUGGCCUCUUGUGUCACUGACAUUGGCAAGUCCACUCACAGUACAGAAGCAAAAGCCAUCACGACAAGACCAGACAACAGUGGACGGCCGAGUGAGUCAUGGCGGAGAACAUCCCUCUGAUGGAGGAGGAGAGUCACCACCGUGAUGCGGUAUGGGCUGUCGCCAAUCCAACCGCCCGGUCACGCCUCGCUCGCUUCAAAGCAUAUGGCAUCGCCAUGGCACCCACCUUGAAACGUGCUUUACCAAACUAUUGUCGACCUGAACAGAUUUCGACGCCGGGCAAUACUCAGUCAGCAUAUCUGGAUGCGCUGCGCGGGUACGCGGCCUUCAUCGUCUACAUCUAUCACAUGUACUACAUCCCAGCGGCCGUUACAUGGCGACGAUAUCCAAUUAUCAGCACCCUCUUCGGUGGUCCCGCCAUGGUAUCCGUUUUCUAUGUUAUAUCUGGGUACGCCCUUGGAUACAGUCUACUUCUUAACAUGCAUCGAAAGGAUGAAGCUCGCAUGCUCAAUGGCCUUGCGUCUUCCACGUUUCGACGUUACAUGCGCUUGUACGGAAGCAGCGUUGUUGGCCUGUUCAUCGCCUUGGUCAUCGUUCGUAUGCACCUUUACAACGGAGUUUAUGGGGUCGAGGUGUAUCAAGAUACACUCUGGAAACAAUUGGGCCACUGGUUUGCCGAUGCUUUUAGGUUCUGCAAUCCUUUUGCCCGAAACAUUACCGACAUCAAGGGAAAUGAACCCCUCUCAUCCAACUACCUCCCACAAAUGUGGACCAUUCCGGUCGAGUUUCGUGGAAGUGUGUUCCUUUUCGCCUUUUGCACUGCUGUCUGCAAACUCACGCCUCGGAUGCGAAUGUGGGCAAUGUGGCUCGUCAUUGUCUUGGGCCACUGCUGGCAAGCAGUCUACAUAUCGGAGUUCAUCAGUGGUCUUUUCAUCGCUCAAUUGUCUAUUUGUCGAAACCCAGAUCGUGUGACGGGGUCAAUCAUCACGUCAACUGUCGACAGUGAGAAGCCUCGACCUCCACAAACACGAUUGUCCAAGGUCUUGCACAGUCUUCUCUUCUCCGCCUCGAUAAUCCUUCUUGGCCAGAUCGAUGAAGGCCAAGGAUACCUUCUCAUCUUCGGUGGCUUUCCGUGGAAGUACAUCAACCACUUGAUCCCCUUCUGGUGGGAGUCGACGGCUGAGUACCUCUUUUGGCUAGCAUGGGGUAGCUUUGGCUUGGUCUAUGCUCUGGAAUUCUACCCCACACUUCGAAAGCCGCUGUCAUGGACAGUGUCUAGAUAUCUUGGCGAUAUAUCCUUCGGUCUGUACGCUAUGCACGUAUGCUUCGGCAUGGGCAUCAGAUCGCUAUAUCUCGAUCCUUGGCAACAGAAGUACCUGGGUGAAUCUUCCCUGGCGUGCAUUUUCAUGGUUAUCAUUGUUACAUUCAUUGUGAUCACAGCGGCAGACUAUUUCACCAAAAUCGACAGAAUGGUUGUUCGCUACUCAAAACAGAUCCAAGAUCAAUUCUUCUCGAAAUGGAAUUGAGAUUUAUUGUGUCAUAUCCAACAAACUGGUAACACUGAACUUACCUCUAGCUAAAACCACAUCAUACUGGACUCCAAAAAUGGACUCACAGGAAUCAUGACAUUGGCAAGCUAAGUGGAAAAACCACCCCGAGUCCAAUAGUCUUGUCAUCACGGCGAGAUAGGCGAGCAAGAUGCGAGCUUGAAAAGGCCUGAACUCGAUGCGGUGAUCAAUUUAAAACCCCCUGAAAUUGUUUUACUUGCGCCGGCGAAGCAGGGAAAUCGACAUGAGGAAUGUCGCUUCACAUCCUGAAAAGUGUUGGGUCAACAAAUCAUGGUUGGCACAGACAAAGGUUCCCUCGGGAGCCAACUGACGGUGCCAUCCUUUCCAAUUCUCUGUUUUCAUUACAUGCAGAUCGGGCAUAAUUGUGCAAAAGCAAAGCCCCAUCACCUCAAUCAAGCAUGCAAUACAGUGCAUAGGCGCGGCGGUGGCAACUACUUUGGUGUUUGACUUCGCCCUCAGUCCCCGGCUGAAGGGGAAGCGGCAGGUUUGAGUCAGAAAUUUGUUGCAUGGACCGGAGCUGUAUGCAUAGCGUUGGUGUUCAGUCUACAAGAUUGGACAGCCUUGGACUUCCCUUUGACCUAUAUCUUUCAAGACAGGGUCUAUGUAUGAAAAAGAUAACGCAUAAUGUUAAUUGAUGUCG